UCAACUCAAAGAGUGUUUAACAGUUUCAGGACCCAAAACCCAAGAAAAAGAAGAGAGGAAAAAAAAAAAACAGAUCUUUUAUUCUUCUUCUUCUGUUCUUCUUUGAUAAUCUGUUUCAAGUUUUAACCUACUAGUAGUACGACAUUGGCAUUUUAGACAAACCCUUGAGAUUUUAAGCAAAAACCUUUUUUUUUUAUCUCACUUUUAAAAGCUUAAGAAUUCCUUUCUUUAUUACCAAUCAUUGUUGUCUCUGUCUUCUCUUAUCUUCAAAAAUUUUGAGGAAGAACCAAAAAAUAAAAAUAAAGGAACAAAACUUUACCUUUAUCAUCUUCUGUUUACAGAUCCUUUUUGGUGGGUGUUGUUAAUGUUUUUGCAUUUUCCUUAAGAGAGAAAAAAAAAAAGUUUGGUGAAAGAAACAAUUUAUUUAGAAACAGCGUUUGUUGGGGGUGAAGCUUUUCAGAUCUGAAAGAAGGCCAAGGUUGUUUGUUUCAAAGCAAUGUCUCUUUUGACUUUUCAUGUCUACUCAUUUCCCUCUCACUUUCCUUCCUUUUGAGUUUCCUUUCUUCAACUUUGGUUCUGGGAACCAGCUAAAGAGUGUUUCUUUUUCCAACUUGGGCUUCACUUUUAAAUUUUGGUUUUGAAUCAUUGGGGAGAGAAGGAUCUGUGAAAAUGUUGGCCUUUGAAAGUCCUUUAGCCACCAGUGCUCGUACAAGCACAAGCUGCAAUGUAUUGCUCAGAGAACUUCAGCAAAUAUGGAGCGACAUCGGUGAAAGUGAAGCUGAUAAAGACCGGAUGCUAUUGGAAUUGGAGAGGGAAUGCUUAGAAGUAUACCGCCGGAAGGUCGAGGAAGCUGCCAAUGCCAAGGCACGUCUACAUCAAUCUGUUGCAGCCAAGGAAGCUGAGGUUGCAACACUUAUGGCAGCUCUUGGAGAGCUCAAUCUACAUUCACCGAUUCAAAAAGAGAAGAAGAUGGCACCAUUAAAAGAAAAACUCGCUUCUAUAUCUCCACUGCUUGAGGAUCUUAGGACGAAGAAAGAAGAAAGAAGAAAGCAAUUUGCAGAUAUAAAGAAUCAAAUUGAAAAGAUCAGUGGAGAAAUUUCCGGUUACAACUAUCCAAAUGAUACCAUGAUUAGCUGUUUAACUCUUGAAGACCAAGACUUGUCGCUAAGAAGGCUUACGGAAUUUCAGACUCGUCUUCAAACUCUUCAGAAGGAGAAGUCUGAUCGCCUUCAUAAGGUUUUGGAAUACGUAAAUGAGGUUCAUUUGCUUUGUGGGGUACUAGGGUUGGAUUUUGCCCAGACCGUAAGUGAUGUGCAUCCGAGCUUGCAAAGGGCUAACCAGGAACAAUCAACGAAUAUUAGCAAUGGUACAUUUGAAGGCUUAGAGCAGACCAUUAACAAGCUCAAAACUGAAAGAAGAAUUCGAAUGCAGAAGUUGAAGGAUAUUGCAGGUCAACUAUUUGAACUCUGGAAUUUGAUGGAUUCACCUCAAGCUGAGAAGAAUGUUUUUUCAAGGGCCACUUCUAUUCUUAGGUUAUCGGAACCUGAAGUUACUGAACCUGGUGUUCUUUCAACUGAGAUGAUUGAGCAGGCAUCAGCAGAAGUGGAAAGGCUCACCAAAUUGAAAGCUAGCAGAAUGAAAGAACUCGUCUUGAAAAGGAGAUCGGAGUUGGAAGAUAUUUGCAGAAUGACUCAUAUUAAACCUGAUGCUAGUACUUCUGUUGAGAAAUCUAAUGCAUUGAUUGAUUCUGGUCUAGUAGACCCCUCUGAACUCUUAGCAAAUAUUGAAGCACAGAUAACUAAAGUUAAAGAUGAAGCUCUGAGUCGAAAAGAUAUAAUGGAUAGAAUAGAUCGAUGGCUUUUGGCUUGUGAAGAAGAAAAUUGGCUUGAAGACUACAAUCAAGAUGAAAACCGGUACAAUGCAGGGAGAGGUGCACAUAUUAACCUUAAGCGUGCAGAAAAAGCUCGAAUAACAGUAACCAAAAUUCCGGCAAUUGUGGAUAAUCUGAUCAACAGAACGUUCGCUUGGGAAGAAGAAAAAAGGGCAUUGUUUCUAUAUGAUGGGGAGCGACUGGUGUCGAUACUGGAGGACUACAAGCUGACAAGGAAACAAAGAGAGGAGGAAAAGAAGAGAUGCAGGGACCAAAAGAAGAUUCAAGAUCUGCUCCUGACAGAGAGAGAAGCCAUUUAUGGGUCAAAACCUAGUCCAAGGAAAAGUAACAGCUUCAGAAAGACAAAUGGUUAUCGAGCAAAUGGAAAUGGAUCCAUGACUCCCAGUACACCUCGUCGGAACUCGGUGGGUGGAGCAACUCCCGAGCUACUUACACCACGUUCAUAUUCGGGGCGUCAAAAUGGCUACUUCAAGGAAAUGAGAAGGUUGUCUACAGCACCUAUAAACUUUGUGGCCAUAUCAAAGGAAGAUACAGUAUCUACAUACACUUCAGUAUGUGAUUCGGAGCUCGGGUCUCCACCACAUAGCUGAAGUUUAGAAAUCCAGAAGUGGAAGAGGAUAGGAUCAUAUAGUUGCAAUAAGUGUAGACUGGAUUAAUAGCAGCAGAACCGUGUGUUGUGAAUAUACGAAAGAAAGGGUAUGGAUAGAUUAGUGUACGGGUUGUGAAUUGGUAGGAGUCGGACAGGUGACUGACUUUUGUGGGUGUUCGCAUGGAAAUGAUGUUAUUUGCCAUUGCGGAGAGGGAGAAAAGAAGAAACCAGUUUGAAAAUUGUGUUUAACUUGUUUUUGUUGUGUGGUGUUACAUGUUGUACUGAUAAUAUUGAUAGUAGUAGUAUUACUGGAUUUUUUUGCUUGAAUGUACGUAUACAUGCUUGAAUGUAUGUUUGCAAUGUAUAUACAUGUACUCUAGUAUGAUCAUCAUUAUAUUAUCAUCCAUGUUUGUUCAAAA